UCGUAUUGCACGCGCCCUCGGAGUCGCCGUAGCGGUGUUGUCGAUGCCCACGCGUCGUGUUUACUUCUCCGAUUUUGUGCCCCCCCCCCCACUUAUUUUCCCUUCCUUCUCUCUUUUUGUUGUUGUUGUUGUAACUUUGAACGCGACCGGCGGGCCCCAUGGGCUGCUGCUGCGCCUUUGAGUGCGCCGCCCUGGUCGUGGUGACGGCGCUGUGCAUGGCGGCGGCUUGCUUCGUCAGGAAGCUCGGCGUCUUCUAUCAGCUCCUGCACAAAGUGGAAUCGGACAGCAGCCGGCACGGUGGGGAGCUGGUGGCGGAGGUUCUGCGUGCUCAUGGCGUGCGCUUCGUCUUCACGCUGGUGGGCGGCCACGUGUCACCCGUCCUCACGGCCAGCGAGAAGCUGGGCAUGCGUGUGGUGGACGUGCGGCACGAGGCCACCGCUGUCUUUGCUGCCGACGCCGUCGCACGGCUUUCGGGUACCGUUGGUGUUGCUGUGGUGACGGCAGGACCGGGUCUCACUAACACUGUCACCGCAGUGAAGAAUGCUCAGAUGGCCGAGUCUCCAGUAUUGCUCAUGGGAGGGGCAGCUGCUACCCUCCUUAAGGGGCGAGGGGCUCUGCAAGACAUCGAUCAGCUGUCACUGUUCAAGCCGCUGUGCAAACUGUGUAUUACCGUGAGCACCGUGCGUGAAAUUGUCCCCGCGAUCAGACGAGCACUAGCCACUGCCCAGUCUGGCACUCCAGGGCCUGUGUUUGUAGAGUUGCCUAUUGAUGUCCUCUACCCUUACCACGUGGUGCAAAAGGAACUUGCUCCAAAAACAGCACCAAAAGGGCUCAUGGGUAAAAUCAUCAACUGGUACCUCUUGAACCACCUGCGGAACCUGUUUGCCGGAGCUUGGGAGCCCAGGGACAUGUCCCCACUGCCAAUUCAGCGGCCCAUGGCCACUCCUGAACAGGUGCAGAGUUGUGUGGAGUUGGUAAGCCGAGCAAAGAAGCCAGUCUUUCUGUUGGGCAGCCAAGCAACACUGCCCCCUGUACCAGCCAACCAGAUCAGAGAAACGCUGGAGCACUUGGGAAUUCCAUGCUUCCUGGGCGGAAUGGCCCGGGGCAUGCUCGGAAGGGACAGCCCCAUUCAUAUCCGGCAAAAUCGCAGGGAUGCCCUUAAGGAGGCAGACCUCGUGAUUCUCUUAGGGACUGUGUGCGACUUUCGACUGUCUUAUGGUCGGGUUUUGAGUCGGAAAAGCACGAUAAUAGCUGUAAAUCGUGACCGCUCACAGCUGCUUAAAAAUUCAGACAUGUUCUGGAAGCCGACAGUGGCUGUGCAAGGGGAUCCUGGCUCCUUCUUGGUGAGUCUAUCUGCUGGACUCAAGGGCUACAAGUGUCCUGAAGAGUGGGCUCGUGACCUCAAACAAGGAGAUGAGAAGAAGGAGAAAACCAACAGCGAGAAGGCAGAGGAGGAGACAGAUCAACACCUCAAUCCGCUCAAGGUUCUGCACCGCCUGGAUGACUUGCUAGCGGAUGACAGCCUCAUCGUAGCUGACGGAGGAGACUUUGUGGGCAGCGCUGCAUACAUCCUUCGGCCACGGGGGCCACUGUGCUGGCUGGACCCUGGGGCAUUUGGAACUCUAGGUGUUGGAGGAGGGUUUGCCCUAGGAGCCAAGCUUUGCCGACCAGACUCUGAGGUAUGGAUCAUCUAUGGAGAUGGCUCACUGGGGUUCAGCAUGGCUGAGUUUGAUACGUUCACCCGACACAAGUUACCGAUCAUUGCGUUGGUGGGUAAUGACGCGUGCUGGUCUCAGAUUGCUCGGGAACAAGUGCCAAUGCUUGGCAGCAACGUAGCCUGUGGACUGGCAUUCACAGAUUACCAUGUUGUGGCCGAUGGCUUAGGAGCACGGGGAUUUCUCCUGGGGAAGGAGAAAGAGUCACAGAUCGACGAGGUGAUUAAGGCGGCGCAAGCUGAAAGCAAGCAGGGCCGCUCGUCCCUCAUCAACACGCUCAUCGGCAAGACCAAUUUCCGCGAGGGCUCCAUAUCCGUGUGAAUGUGUGCAGAUCAAAAAAUAUGCCACUGAGCACUUUGAUCGAGCCUCAUCAGCAGUGAUGUGCACGCUGUAAUAAUAAUGGUAGUGAUAUCGGUUAUGCGGCAUCUUGGCACUCAAAGGUGCUUUUGUUCAAUUGUUUGAAGUGUGAAAAUAAUGGAAGUGAAACACCCGUUAGAAUGAGUGUUAUUAAUUAAACCGAUUACAAAUGCAAAUAUGUAACCAGGAAUGCAAUUCAAACUUGAUUGGUCUUCAUGCAGAGAGGUGUACACUGAAAUAUAAAAUGACAAAGAACUACUUUUUAGACUAAACAGGCGCUUUGGAUGAAUGCUGUUAGUACAAUACACUUAUACAUGUGUACACACGUUAUUAAGCAUGUCCAUACCCAUUAUCACUCAAAUGCAUACAUAGUUAUAAGCUAACGGGCAUUAUUCCCAUCAUUUGCAUUUCUACACACUCGCACGUGUUCGAGCAUCAACUUGUGCAAAAUAUUGGUUUUGUGUGUUCAGAAUGAGUUGUUAUGGAGAUACUUAUGAAAUGAUAUAGAAUCCUGCUAACAUCAGCUAUUGACAGACAAUUAGACUUAAAUUUUUAUUUAAAGCUUUCGUGACUGCAGUGAUUCAUAUUCUUGGUUCUUUCGGUAAAGUCACGUUGAAGGGAAACAAUAAAAUAAUAAA